ACGAAAACAAAACUGGAGUAAAAGUAAUCUUAUUCACUAAACUGUUAAAUUUGUCAUCAUUCUGCAGCCACCAUUUGAAGGGCUGCAUUGAGCAGAGAUCAAUUUGAGCUCGCUGUGUGGUCACAAACGAGACCAACGUCAGCAGUGUACAAACUUCGCCAACAGUCUUUGUUUCCAUCUGAUCCAUCUACGCCAGGAGGAUGCAAAGUGUUUUAAACUCCGUAAAAGGAACGGCUCUAGGAGUGGCCGAGUAUCUUACUCCCGUCCUGAAGGAAUCCAAGUUCCGGGAAACAGGUGUCCUUACCCCGGAAGAGUUCAUCGCAGCUGGAGACCACCUAACGCAUCACUGCCCAACGUGGUCAUGGGCCGUCGGCGAUGAUAGCAAAAUCAAAUCUUAUCUACCCAAAGACAAACAGUUUCUCAUCACACGCAAUGUUCCAUGCCGUCGACGGUGCAAGCAGAUCGAAUUUGUCGGAGAGGAAAAUCUAGUAGAGGAGAACGAUCCCGACGGAGGCUGGGUGGAGACACAUCACUACAAUCCGGAUGAAGCAGGCAGCUCCGGACUGGAGGAAAAAGUGUGCGAAAUGAAGUUGGACAGUUCGCGUAUCGAAGAUGAACCAGCGGCUGACAUGGAUGACCCGCGGAAUCUGGAAGGCGGCAGUGGAACCGGUAACGAGGAAGGCGACGAUGAUGACGACGAUGGUGCAGCGAUUGAUAUGGAUGAGUUCGAAGAAAGUGGCCUGUUGGAAACAGUGGAUCCGUCAAAUGCAUUGCUUCCGGCAGCAAAUGACAAGCUUAGGUCAGGCACAGAAGCUCCGCAGCAGGAAGCCGAGGGCGAUUCCGUCGUUCGUACGAGAACGUACGAUCUGCACAUCACUUACGACAAGUAUUAUCAAACUCCGCGUCUUUGGGUUAUUGGAUACGAUGAAAAUAGGAAACUGCUAAGUGUAGAGCAAAUGUACGACGACGUAAGUCAAGAUCAUGCGAAGAAAACCGUAACCAUGGAAACGCACCCUCACUUGCCCGGUCCCAACAUGGCUUCGGUGCAUCCGUGCAAGCACGCAGAUAUAAUGAAGAAAAUCAUUCAAACGGUGGAAGAAGGUGGCGGCGAACUGGGAGUCCAUAUGUAUCUCAUAAUCUUUCUAAAGUUUGUCCAAACUGUCAUACCAACAAUCGAGUACGAUUUUACGCAAAACUUCAACAUCACCAACCACAAGUAGGCAUAGCCACAACAAAAUAUGAUAGUGAUUUGGUAACGCAUGCAAGCGAAAAGCAAUUACAAAAGCUUCUAGUCUGUAAGUGCUUUUAAUGUUGCCAAUGUAAGGACUAUCGAAGCCGUCUCCCUGAUUCUUGAUGUUCCUUUCUGGGACAAUUGAAAAUGUAUCGUUUCUUUUAUGCCCACUGUUAGACGCUGUAUCUGUGCGUGCGAUUGUGUUCAUUCUGUUUUAUCGGAACGAUAUUUUUGUAAUCUUUUGUUAUUCGUUUUAUUGUUUAAAUUCCUACCAGCCUUAUUGUCACGUCGAACCAUUAUGAUAUUCGAAAUAACUCGAGCGCAUUGCUACGGUAUCGCUUCAAGUUAAAGGAACACAAUAAUAAAAGUAACAAAUAAUCGAAGCAAGUGAUAAAGCAUUAUGCACGGCUUGUGUUAG